AUGGCGGCCAGCAGGAGGCUGAUGAAGAAGCUUGAAGAGAUCAGCAAAUGUGGAAUGAAAAAGUUCCAUAACAUCCAGCUUGAUAAAGCUAAUUUAUUGACUUGGCAAGGCCUUAUUUUUCCUGACAACUCUCCAUAUGAUAACAGGGCCUUCAGAAUUGAAAUCAGCUUUUCAGCAGAGUAUCCAUUCAAACCACCCAAGAUCACAUUUCAAACCAAGAUCUACCACCCUAACAUUGAUGAGAAGGGACAGGUCUGUUUGCUGGUAAUUAGUGCUGAAAACUGGAAGCCAGCCAUCAAAACCAACCAAGUAAUCCAGUCCCUCAUAGCACUGGUGAACGACCCCCAGCCUGAGCACUCACUCAACGGGCAGAUCCCAUCCUCUGAACCUGUGGUCAGGCUUUCUUUGCAGAGAACCCUGCAAUACCAGGUUUGUGUCAGCAGCCCUCCCUGCAGCUGUGGUAGACGACCUGCUGUUUAUCCCAGGUCAAGGCAAAAGCCAGAAUAUUCUUUUGACACUGAUUACUCUAAGGACCGUAAAAAAUUCUGUAAGAAUGCUGAAGAAGUUUACAAAGAAAUAGGGGAGAAGCGACCUGUGGACUAA